AGGUGACAGAGGAGAGAUUGGACCUCAAGGAGCUAAGGGUACCGCAGCUGUGACGUCAUCGGUGGACACGAAUAAGUGCUGCGACAAUUUAUCGGCCCCUCAGUUUGUCCGUCCCCAGACAACGGUGAUUACAGCUACUCACGGGUCGUCGGUUGUCCUUCCGUGUCGCGCCUUUGGACUACCAAAUGCCGAUAUUACAUGUCCUCUAAAAUAGAUCUGUUUUAUCAAUUUUAGCGGCCCCUCAGUUUGUCCGUCCCCAGACAACGGUGAUUACAGCUACUCACGGGUCGUCGGUUGUCCUUCCGUGUCGCGCCUUUGGACUACCAAAUGCCGAUAUUACGUGGCAACCACCGGUGGACCCACUCUCCCUAGGAAGGUAUAUCCAGGAAUACAACGGCAUGGAAAUCCUGGAUGCUAAGUAUUCAGACUCAAUGACAUUUAAGUGUCGAGCCCACAACGUAUUUGGCACUGUGGAGAAAUUCAUCAAACUUAUCGUAACCGACAAAGUGACAGCCUCCGUUUCACCAUCUGAGUCAUUGGUCCAAGGUGGAUCGAAUGUAGACAUCGUCUGCUCGUGGACAGGGACGCCACCUCCAAACGUCACGUGGUCUCACGUGCUUCCGGGCGGGAAAUCUACCCCAGUGACAGCGGGAACUACUUUUUCAGCAAAUACAAAUACGAGUACGUUGCACGUGACAGGCGCCGGAGCGCUGGAAUCUGGGCUCUAUCAGUGUACAGCCAGUAACGGACUUGAGACACAGACCAGCACAGCUAACUUAACCGUCCAAUCAAAACCAGGAAUACUAACCGCUCCCCUUAGUCAAACUGUUUUAGCGGGACAAACUAUUGUACUCCGAUGUGACGUCAUUGCCUCGCCUCCUGCCAGCGUCGUGUGGACCUAUCCUAACACUGGGACAGCCCCUCCAAAGGAUGUAUUGGUGAACCCAGACGGUUCUAUAACUAUUCAAAACAUAAACGACUUUAAUCAGGGCGUAUAUACAUGUUCGGCGACCAAUAGUCUUGGUACAACCACGGUCACUGGACAGGUCAACGUCAUAUCUCCGGUAACAGUCAGCAUAACUCCAAGUCAACUUCCUGUACAUGCUGGAGAUUCGUUCACACAGAUCACUUGUUCCGGAACAGGAGAUCCGAAUCCGACUCUAACUUGGACCACAGAAAACGGUUCACCAGUAACGUCAAGCGGCGGGAAAUUUUUGUUACUAGGCAACGGUGGUCUGAUCAUAACUAACGUUGACCCUGAUAGUGACACCGGGGUCUACACUUGUACUGGAAACAAUGGCAAAGAGACGGCCACAGCUCAGACCAUUGUGUAUAACGAUCUCGGGGCACUUUCCUGCACAACAACAUUUGCUGAUUGCUCAACCAACAUUGGUAGAGCAUGUGGAGGACACUGCCCAGGGAACUGUAUCUCACAAGGUGGCGCUGUGUAUGGAUAUAAACAAUAUACUUUGCAAUCUGUAGUGUGUCUAUCUGCUAGACAUUCCGGAACAACAGGAAAUGACGUCAUAUGGCACAUAACAAAUGGAGGCAAUACCUACGAAAGUAAAUUAAACAACGGGAUCCAAAGUCAAUAUUCCGGUCCUCUUGCAGAGACAGCACAGAUAUGGGAGGGGUCUGCUGGCCCCGCCCAGCCAGCUAGUGUACCUAUAUUAGGAUAACUAUCCCGCCCAUCUAUACAAUAUGCCCAUAUAAGGAAGGCGGGCCUUUAUUCACAUCAGCCAAUCAUCGUCCACAUAUCUACUGCUCUGAUGAAGCCCAUUUCAUCUAUUAUGAAUUAAAUUACGUAGAAACAA